AACCACUGAAAAGAAGAAAGAAGAGAGUGUUUUGAGCCGGACCAUUUUCUAUUCCGCUUAUCCUCAUGAGCGGGAGCCUAUCCCGGCUGACUUUGGGCGAGAGGUGGGGGACACCCUGAGCUGGUCGGCGAACAAUCACGGGGCAUGAACAGACUAAUAACCAUUCGCUCUCACUCGCAUUCACACCUACGGCCAACUUUUGAGUCUUCACUGAACACUAACAUGCCUGUUUUGGGAAUAUGGGAGGAAGCACCGGCACAACAUGCAAACUCCACACAGGAAUGCCAGAACCAGCCGGAAUUCAGACCCGCAACCUCAAAACUGUGAGGGAGACGCGCUAACUUCUAGUCCGACGUGCUGCCCAUUAAAACGCAUGCACCUGAAAAUUCUAAAUUUCAACUCUAAACAGGAAGGAUGGAGCUGGGAUUCGGAGCUGGAACCUCAGAACUACGAGGCAGACAUGCUAAGCACUAGAUAAGGGAGACAGCGUUGGUGAUUGGUCCUGCCCUGGCCCGGUGACCCCCUGCCCCCGCUACGCUUCGCCUUCAUGCCGAGCAGAAAGAAGUCCGACGCAGGAGGUCCGAUUUCCCUCCAAAAGUGUCGCUGUAUUGUCGAGGCGCCCCCUCCUCCGCCGCCUGCCACUCAAGCCACAACAGCAGCCGCCUUCCAGCCCCCCCAGCCGCCGCACAUCAAUCCACGGUUUCUUACGAGCGAGUCAGUCAACUUGGCGGAACGUAGGAGGAAGGCUUUUUGGGCGCCAAUACCAAACGGGAAAGCGACAACAGCGCGGAUAGAGAGAAUCAAUCAGGAAGUGGCUGCCUUUCAGCUGUGCCAGAGGAGCCGGGCAAUUUCCUCAUCCCGUCACCAAGGUGACGGGAAGCUCCGCCAGCUGGUGCAGCGGGCAGCGGCUUUGAAUGGAGCGGAGGGGCAACGACGGUUGGGAUGGGAGACACAGUGACGUGUUGGAGAUCCAGGCGGGGACAGGGCGUUCUUGAGUUUGUCGGUCGAGCCAGCCGAAGAGACGGGGAACAGGAUUGGGAAGCAGGGCGAGGCGGGCCCCGCGGAGCCGGUGGAGAAGAUGGCCGGCAGCCCGGAGAAGAGUUCCACCGCGCAGGAGCUGAAGGAGCAGGGCAACCGCAUGUUCCUCUGCCGCAAGUACCAGGAGGCUGCGACGUGCUACAGCAAAGCCAUUAACCGUAACCCCUCCGUGGCAGUGUACUACACCAACCGGGCCCUGUGCCAUGUGAAGCUGCAGCAGCACGACAAGGCUCUGGCAGACUGCAAGCACGCCCUGGAACUGGACACCCAGUCAGUCAAGGCCCACUUCUUCCUGGGCCAGUGUCACCUGGAGCUGGAGAACUACGACGAAGCCAUCGGCAACCUGCAGAAAGCGUACAAUCUGGCAAAAGAACAGCGGCUGAAUUUCGGGGACGACAUCCCCGGCGCCUUGCGCAUCGCCAAGAAGAAGCGUUGGAACAGCAUCGAGGAGAAGCGCAUCAACCAGGAGAACGAGCUGCACGCCUACCUAAGCAAACUCAUCCUAGCAGAGAAGGAGAGGCAACUUCAAGACUACAAGGAAAAGCAGGACGACGAUCACAUUGGAGGCGAUGUGGCCAAGAUUGCAUCCAAACACGACAAGUACUUAAUGGACAUGGAUGAGCUCUUCUCUCAAGUGGAUGAGAAAAGAAAAAAACGGGAGAUUCCAGACUAUCUGUGCGGCAAGAUCAGUUUUGAGCUGAUGAGAGAGCCGUGCAUCACACCCAGCGGGAUCACCUACGACCGCAAAGACAUCGAGGAGCACCUCCAGCGAGUGGGCCAUUUCGACCCAGUCACUCGAAGCCCCCUGACCCAGGACCAGCUGAUCCCCAACUUGGCCAUGAAGGAAGUGAUCGAUGCCUUUAUCCAGGAGAAUGGAUGGGUGGAGGACUACUAGACAGAUCUGGUCUCUCUAUCGCCUCCUCCUCAAGUCAACACGAGACUUUAGAGAAGAUGCCGCGCCUUGCCUGGACGCGAACACGGGAGCUGCCGGGGGCCUCGUAGCUCGUCCCGUUCUCUUUGCAUCCCAAACAUGUGAGGCUGUGUGUUUGUGGCCUGCUACACCCUUUAACACCACCCCCACCCAACAUCUUCUACACCUUCAUCCUCCUUUUUCUUUCCUCAACAUGGGGCCACGCUCUCAGGUCUCCUUCUCUUCGUCUUCUCUUCUCUUCUCUUCUCUUCUCUUCUCUUCUCUAUUUCUAGCUCGAGUGCCACAAUCCCAGGUAAGCGUCAAUAAAAUGCUCUCGUGUCCAUCACGUGACUGCCAAAAGAAAGUCAAUCGAAAUUCCUCAUUUUUAACAUUUUGACCUGAAAUGGUAAUCAUGCCAAAAAAAAAAAAAAAGAAACAGUUUUCAUUGUGUGACCACUUUGUAUGCAAGUUUACACAAUGACAGUGGGGGUAUUAAAAAAAAAAAAAAAAAAAAAAGUUACAGGUUUAUCUGUUUUCAGUUGUCACCUCGACCUCUAGGUGGCGCCACAAUCCCUCACGCGCAGCUGCGUGAUUUGACAUUUUUAGUGAAUCGUUCUUCUUGUGCUACUCAUGGAAAGCGAUUUAAGCAUUUCUUCGAUAUCUUUGUUAUCCAUCCAGAUUGAGAUUCAUGUACUAGUUAAUACGCAGUUUGUCCUCACUAGUAAUACAAUUCAGUGCACUAUGAGGUCAUCGACUAACAGCUCAAACGGCUUGUCAUAAAGCCUUUUGCGCAUUUAGUCGAUAUUUUGGAUGUGCACUACUAGUACUACUAGUUAAUGGUAGAGAACUAGUGUUUUAUGUCAUUUGUCAACUCGUGCAUAGUUUUUGCAUCACUAGUAAUGUAGUUGUUCUAGUCGUAUGCCAAAGUUGUCCUUUUAGUGAGGACAGGGCGUACUAGUACUUGAACCUUGAGAUGGGUAUCAACGAUAUCAGCUUGCCAUAAAGCCAGUCUGAGCAUUUAUUUGCAGUGCACUAGUGGCAUAGCAGAUAAAGGCCCAAACAGCUUUAUGGCAAGCUGUUUGAGCAUUGAUCCAAAAGCGUGUACUGUACGAGUACGUUGACCUUAAGCUGGGUCUCCAGGAUACUGAAUAAAUGCUCAAACGACUUGCAAUACACUCAAGUACAGACAAUUGAGAUGAGACGAAUGUAUGCAGUAUGUGUUGUUUGGUUUUGAGCUGAAACUGUUUAAAAAGGACACUUUGGGGGGGAAAAAGAUGCUGCCUUGAAGUGGAGAAAGGAAGACAAAAGUUCUGCUGGAUUGAAACAAAAAAAAAAAAACGUUUUCCCAUUGUUGAAUAUUCCGUCAUAAUGUGUGCGAAUCAGCUGAUGGAGGGUGACGCUUGCACGUGCUUUAAAUGGCGUUCAUGCGCACACACGUGUGCUGCGACGAUGUGUUUGUUGCUCAGAUCGCCGUUGAAGUGACUGGUCUUGUUACAAAAACAUGAAAAAAGCAUUUUUUCGGACCCUGAUCCUCCUUGCUGUUACUUUGAAGCGUCCCCUUGCUGACUUGCAAAGAACAAUCAUCAGUAGCGGGGCAACCAUGUUGACUGUCAUCCUCCCCCUCGGUUAAAAUGCUGGGAAAGUAUCUGUCAUGCAUACCUCUGUUUUUGCCAGCAUUCCUGUAAAACAGUGCUUUGAGUUGACUGAUCUUCUAGCCGAGUGGUUCACGUCAGGGUGCAGAAAGUGUAAAUAAUUAGCUUGUCUUAUUUCUUGACAAAAUAUGGUUCUUUGUUCUCUUCGUUCGUUUUUCUUGCCAUCUUUCAGCUUGAGAAAAAUGUAUUAAAUGUAGAUAUGUUGAUAACAUGAAGGCCCCGUUUGUUUUUCUUUUUAUUCUUCUUUUUUUUGGUCCACCAUUAAUGCUUGUUGUGUUAUUGGGCACUGAAGUAUCAUUCAAAAGACAUUCACUAUGUUAACAUGCCAACUCUACACAUUGGUAUUGUAUUUUUGGUAUAACUUCAAUUUAGAAAGUAAGCGGUUACGAUAGCCAUACGACUAAGCAGAUGACAUGAACCUGUGAAUAAAUGCCAGUUAUUUCAAAUA